GCACACACUCUCUCACGCCUGUCCUCGCACCCCUCGUAUACCAGUACAUACUGUACGGUUCGCUCAUCCACAUGCGGUGCCCCCCCUCCCCGAGACGGCCAUUGAACCUGCUCGCUCACUUAUUCCCCUUGUCAGCCCUUCUCAUACUCAGUUCCAGAAUUUUCACCUACCGGUAGGAAGAGUCUGCCAACUUACUUGCCUUGAGACAUCCGUGUCUCGUCAUCCCGCUAUCUUCAGCCCCACCUUUCAGCCCACCUGACCAUCUUUCCUCGCUUGUUUCCCCCGACCCUUUUUUUCUGCUCCCAGACAAAUAGCCUUCGACACAGGACAAGCACACGGCGCUGGAUAUGGAAAAAGUGGGGGGCGAAAAUCUCUAUAUUAGCGGGUGUGUACCCUGCUAACCACCCCCCUUCCCCGUCUUCUACAUUUUUACCGGUCUCCGUGAUGGCGGUUGACUGUUUGCGGUGGUUGCCAUGCCGCGUGUAGGCCGGUGGUGACCAUAUGUAUUAACUCUUUACUUACUCCACCCCCCUCUGGGCCUACAGGAUGUACGCCUUGCGUGGGCGUGAAGCUAUCAAGAGAGCGGGGAUUACCCAUGUCGUUUCUGUUCUGCGCUUGUCGUUGGACAGAGAAUUAUUCGUUCAGUACCAGCACAAGAUCAUCGAAGUGGACGAUGUCGAGGACGAAAACCUGCUGGAGCAGUUCCCAGAUAGUAACAGGUUCAUCUCCGAUGCAUUGAAGGGCGGGGGCGCUGUCCUCAUCCACUGGUCCGUAACGCAUUCCUCACGCUGACUCUAGCUGCUUCUCGGCCCCCCUGGUUUCCCCAUCCGCGUAAUUUGUGGGUCUUGUUGACACGGUUGUCCAACAGUGCAUUGGGUAGAUCACGGUCAGCGACAGUACUCGCGGCUUACUUAAUGGCCUCACGCCGUCUUGCACCACACCUUGCCCUUGGUAUUAUAAAGCGGGCUCGACCUUUUGUCGAGCCCAAUUCGGGCUUCAUGCAACAACUAGAGCUCUACCAUCAGAUGAAAUUUGCUGUGGAUGUUGAGGAUCACCCCAUCUAUCAACGCUGGAUGUAUCUGCGGGAUGUAGAGAGGAGCAAUGCAGCCGGCCGCGCUCCUGAGAGAAUCCACUUCCGGGAUGCUGAGGCCGAGAUCGGCAGAAUAACCAGGGUUAAGGAAGGUGAGACUCCCGAAGAAAAAAGUGAGAUGCAGUUGAGGUGCAAAAAGUGUCGGUAUGUACUGUAUACCAUCCCCUAUUCCCCCUCCUUGCCCGAUUUUUUUUUCUGUCACGGUAUGCCCAUCCUUACUUACAAACGUUCCCCCGCAGGACCGCCCUAGCAAACUCCACCUCCUUCACACCUCAUAUGCCUAAGCCUGUGCAGCCAUCCCAUAACGAAGCGCCCCGGCAGCCUUGUGCGCAUCACUUCGUUGAGCCUCUCCUUUGGAUGAAAACAGAACUUUCAAAAGGCCAAAUUUCGGGAAAGUUGGAGUGUCCAAAAUGCAGGUCAAAGGUGGGGACAUACGCAUGGCAAGGCUUGAAGUGUUCUUGCGGGGACUGGGUCGUCCCCGGCAUCAGUAUGGCUAGAGGGAAGGUUGACGAAGUCAGCUUAAAGCUAUAAAUAGGCCGUUUGGGGGGAAAAAAGUUAUAAUGGGCUCUAAUAUCCCCAAUAUUUCCUAUUUUUCCUUUUUUCGAAUGGGAUGACAACACAUUGGGGUACACGAGCGUUACCCUUGUUGCUUCGGAGAUACGGCAGUUCUUGACGCCUGGAAAGAGGCCUCAACCAAUAUCCUGGUGUGAUCGGAAUGCUCAUUAAGUCUUAUUCGUCGGGGACUCGGUGCCUUUGCAUAGGGCGAUGCUGUGCGGAAUUCCCUACGCAAGCUGGGAAAUGUAUAUCGACGGAAAUCGACCAAUGGUCUGGAGUAAAGCAGAUAGGGCGAAUAUAUACCUGGGUUACCGCAUCUGCCGUUCUUAAUCUAACCGAGAAAGCUACAAUAAAAUUGACCAUUGAAGAAGCACGAGCGGCAAUCCGGGUCCCCAGCAGGAGGAUCUUUCUUUCGUGUGGCGAAGGGAAAAACCUCCUGUUAAGAGGCGAGGAAACAGGGUCAGCCCGUCCAAAAACUGCGCAGAAAUUCAGAAAAAAACCCCCGAUUAACAAAGCGCCCCGCAGCGGAAAAAUAAAGCAAUGCGUUGUAGCCACCAAAAAGCAACCAUAUCAGGGUACCGGUAAUUGGAAGGUGACAACACCAACCAAGAAGAUAAAGUUACCGAAAGGUUAAUAGAUGGCGCAAUACCCCAAUCCAGGCGCAAAGUGACGCUGUUAACAUCCCUGACGAUCAUUUCUCAUCACACCUUUUGCUUACCCAUUCCAUGAUGAUAUGCACGAAACGCAAGUUAGCCCUGGCUAGAUAACAUUAGGGUCAUGAUAAUAUUGUAAUAACGCUAUGUGAGGUAAAUUCUCAACCAGCGGCCCCCCUCCCAGCCAUCUAUCCCACAAUGAAGCGCGAAGCAGCCGACUUCUCUGCCCCGGGCGAGGUGGGGAACACCAAGACGGGUGUGCGAAUCAGAGGAUUAAGUUCCCGCGAGAAAACUUGUGAUAAGUUACCUUCCCUGCCCUGCCCUGCCCUACCCCACCACCUGCAUCCAUCCACCCAUCCAUUCUUCCUUCUGAGCUUCGUCAACGUACUGCAUCAACCGACCAAUCGGACCCACAUGAACCUUGAAAAUGAGAAACAAAAGGAAAAAAAAGGUUCGUGCAGCCGUUUCUCAAAUCCACUCCCCGAAGCCGAAAGAGGGGUUAUCGGGGGGUUUCCUCUGUGGGGAAGGAUGGUGGCGAAAGUUUAGUUUAGUUUUACUUUACUUCCCUUGCUGUCGCUAUUGAUUGAUUGCUUGAUUGAUUGAUUAGAGGGAGGUGGGCUGCGGAGUUUUUUGUAUGGAGCGUAUGGUAUAUAGCAUGUCUUAUCGGAUUCGGGGGUUCUUUUUUUUUCUUUUUUCUUUCUUUAAUCCGUCCCGUGUGACGGCGGUCGGCUAUGAUUUGGUUUGGUUUGGUUCGGUUCGGUGGUGACAGUGCUGGCUUUGAAGGUUGGGUGGUGUUCUGCGAUGGUACUGGUACCGUACGGUACCGGUACCGGUCUCAUGCAGCGCAAGCACAGUCAGAGAGCGGCAAGUGUAGUUAUUUGGCGUGAGAGGGAAUAUCUCCUUGGAGGAGGAGGAGGAAGUGGAGGGAGAUGUAAAGCAGCAGCGAUCGGUAGAGGGGGUUUUUUUUUUGUUAAAUCCUUCAAUUGUUUAAGGGUAGCUACAAUUUCUGUAUACUCGAGUACAACCACUAGGUUACGACAUAAAAACCCAAAGCACUCAACAAACAUGAGAAAUUACUCAAAUAAACCAAACAAACCACAAAACAAUGGCCAAUUUGGGGCAACCAGGCCCGAAGCACCAUUUCAAACCCUCCAAACUAGGAAAGCAACUGUGACAUUCUGAUAAAUGGAUCAUCCCCCGUCACCAGAAAGUUAACCCUAUGUCUGGAGAUCGAAUUCACAAAAUCAUUCAUAAACCCUAUCUCCCUCUCUUUAAACCCCAAUAUUGCCGAGUCCGCACCAAAAUCGCGCACCUCCGCUCCUAGGGUCCUCCAUGCAACGGUCGGUAGGGUUUUAUUUUAUUUUUUAAAUAAUAGUAUCGU